GCUGUACAAGCCCCCGGGGACGGAGCCCUGACGUUGAUGGGCGGUUUUUGUGUGUGUGUGUGUGUGUGUGUGUGUUAUUUGCCGUGGUGGCUCGUAUUUCUUAAGCAAGCCCCGUGCCAGUGAAACGGAGUGACGGUGCUGUGCUCUGACAUUGCGGAGUGCUGUUAGACAUGUACGUUCGCCAAACCCUGGUGCCUUGCCGUCGCUUGAGAUGCCCUCCUCGCCCUUUAGUGUUGGUAGUGGCGAUCGCCGUCUGCUUGGUCUAUCCAUCACUCACAGUGUUCCGGCUCCGAGCAGGGAGCCUCAGCUCCCUCCUGCUGAACCAGGGAUCCUGGAAUAAGUCAACACAAGUUAUAUCAAAUGGGGAAGAACCCGCAAGGGAGACACAUUGCCUAUCAGGAUCUGCUGGACUGAAUGUACUUCCUAAACUAAUCGAGAUUGAACCGAUAGAAUCUAAUGCCUUCAACAACCGCAAGAAAACAGUUGUGCUACGAGGAUAUAAUUCCAUUAGUGCGUCUGACCUUCGACUAUAUCAACGUAUUUUCGUACAAUAUGGUUAUGAACUUGUCCUAUCUCCAGAAGUUGAUGGGGGUUCAAGCUACAAGAGAGGAUACAAAAAUAAGGGAACUGCACAUUGGGACUUGCUGAUCUGUUUCACUUCAAAUGAGCUUAAUGGUAAUAGGUGUCUUCAAAAAGAAGAGUUUGAUCAACUCCAGCUUCAUCAGAAGGUAAAUAGAAUACCGGGUCUAGAACACGCACUUUGCAGAAAAGAUGGCUUUUGUCAGAUUAUGGAUAUCGCGCAAAGAUUGCCAGUUCUUCAACCUGUGGUUCUUCCACCUUUGUGCUUUGACCAUUAUGUAGAGCUGAAAACCACCAGCAACAGGAUAAGAGUUGAAACCUCAAUCUCUCCGGGUGGAAAUAUCCUUCCUGUGAAGCUUCAAGAUACGAACAAUGAAAGUGGUGUGAAACAAUACUCUGCUUUUUCAGCAAAAGCACAGGCUGUACCAAUAGAAGGUCUUUCUGCAAUUCUCAAAGUGUAUGUUUUAGUGACAUCACUGUCUCCACUACGAGCUUUCAUUCAUUCAACAGGACUUGUCCAAAGUGAACCCAAUAAGAAGUUCUUUGUUACCAAGCUUCGGGCAUAUUUUGAAAAAUACUUUGGAACAGCUACUUCAGCACAGGCCUUUGAGAACAUGAAGGAGUUAAUUACGCAACUCUUAUUAAUAGCUGAAGUAAACAUUGAAUCUUCUAGCAAAAGUCGAGGAACGUCAGAAAGAUGUUGUUCAUGUUUUCAGCUGCUGGCCUUUGACCUUAGCUUUGGUGCAUCUGCCUAUCCUGUGAUUUUUGAGGUGCACCAACAGCCUGUCUUUGAAGCAGAUGACAGCAUAGCUUUUGCAGAUCGCAUCACUAAAGACUUCAUACUGGAAGAUACUUUCAAGUUACUGUUAUCUGGCACUUCUGUAGUGGGUGAAAUAUAUGAUGCUUUAGAAAACAUACAACGAUCUGUAAGAUUGAAGAAUCACACCCACUUCCAGAAACAUGAGCUUUGUCUGACUUCAAGAGAGCUAACUGCCAUUAUUAAUUUUCAAAAGGAGUUCAAAAGCCAAGGAAGAUUUGAAUUGCUUUAUCCAUCAAUUAACCCAGAUUACCAAAGGAUAUUAUAUGCACUUUACCACAAUUUUGAUCAUUCAUCCAAAUCAAAACCUGUUCUUGCCCAACAUCUGCUAUUUUCAGAGCUACUUGAUCAGUUCCAAGCAUCAAAUUUGCAGCAGAGCUUGAGUCAUUUCACAUGGGAGCAAUCACAUGCAAUACCUUCUCAUAUAAUUGAAAAGUUUGACAACAACAGCAAAAUGGGUCAACACAGCCAAAAAAACUGCAGUACAGCUAAGCAUACUCUGGCAUACAUUGCUCACAUCCUUACUAGUCCACAGUUAAACUUGAACCCAGUCUUUACACCAAAGAUCAAAGUGUACUAUUCUGAAGUGCCUUUUGAUGUGGUGAUGGUGAAGAUCAGAGCCGAAGCUGCCAACUGCCACUGCCAGGUACACUUGGAUGAGAAAAAAGGACCCAGCAUUGCCAAUUAUCCUCUUGGCCUUGGAAAUAACAGAAUCCACAUUCUGGUAUCGGAUGAGUCUCGUGCCCAACCUACUGUUAUAGCAACUUACACUGUCAAUGUUUACCGGCACAGUCAGCACAGCCUGCCUGUGUUUGAUGGGGGUGUAAUGUGCAGUUUUGUGCAGGACUGUGGAUUGAUAAUUCGGCCUGGUGAACCUUGUGGCCUGCAGCCAGUGUCAAGCAGUUCCUUCUCAGCAGUUGCUCAGAAGCAGCUUCUAAACUGCAAGACAGGCGAUGCCAAAGGGCAGUGGGUUGUUCCUUGUCUGAGCUGCUCUGACAACCAAACUUGUGAUUGGCAGAAGGCACGGUGGCAGCCAGACAAAUGUCAACAUUUUACACUGACCAAAAGUCAACUUCAGCAGUGUAUGAAUGGAAGGAGGGUUCUUUUUAUUGGAGAUUCAACCAACAGGGGAAUGAUGUACUAUCUUAUGGAGGAAGUAAAUGAAACACUUCAGGAAUGGGACAAAGCUCAUGACACUAAAUUCUAUUCCAAUUUAAAUGGAGGAAAGACAUUCACCAGCUAUGCUUAUUAUCCCCAGUUCUGGCUGAGUUUAAAUCAGAGGCCUACAUUUGAAAAGACUUUGGAGCAACUUGUACAAAGGUCACAUCCUUUAGAAAACAGCGAUCAAACAGUUCUGGUUGUAGGUGGUGUGCAAUGGUUAAAUACACAUCAUUUGCACAUUAUACAAAAAGUAUUACAAAGAGAGAAUCUGUUGAAUAUUCUUGUAAUCAUAAAAUCUAUAGGAAUGGGAUUUCACCUGCCAGUGGAUGGAAUCCGAUCCUUGUCUUUGAAUGAAGUACAAAAUUUGUGGAAAGAAAAUGCAGAAAUACUUUCUCAAGCAAAGGCCUAUGGUUAUGAUGUUAUUGAUACAUUUAGUAUCACUAUGGGACGCUAUAAAGAAUUUCUUCAGGGAAAGUGUGCAUGUCAUUUUCAUGAGGUAGAUAAAUUUGAAUUUUCCCAAUCAACAAUACGUAGAAAAAUAAGACACUCAACCUAUUCCUUUGCAGGAGAGGACAACUCAAGUCAUAACAAGCAGUCAGUGGUACAAGACUUAUUAUCUGUUUUCAAAUCACACUAUCAUGUCCAUGGUCCAAUAAACCAGGCUUAUUCAGAAAUUUUCCUCAGCAGAGUCUGUGUGAACAGAUUGCAUAUUAUGACCACUCAGCUAUAAAAAAUGGACUUUUUUUUUACAGUUUUAAGAUUUACUGCUUCCCUGGAGAUCAGUACAAAAUACCACACGGCGUGUAUUGCAUUUCUCUCUGAUUGGCUACGAAUGCUACCAUCAAAGACAUGUGACACGUUUUAAACCUUUAUGAAAUCAAUAUGUGCCCCUGCAAAUUUGAGGCUUCAGAAUGGCAGAUGGAAAGCCAGAAAAUUGAUGUGACUCGCUGUCUGGCCGGAUGAAUUGCAUAAACAGCUGUAGCCGAAACAAAGUCUUUUGCAGAAGAUUACGCACACAAGAGACUUGAAGUCCUUAAGGAAGCUACUUAAUCCUUUCUGUGCAAUAUUCAUUCACUUUCUGCACUAUUUUUGCCAAAUCAAUAUAAUGCUGUAUUUCGGAAUAGCUUUUAUUUUUGUAUGUAUUAUUCACUAGAAAUCACAUUCCCCAGCUAUUGCUGGGGAUAUCGAAUUAUAUAUACCUCACAUUGUUUGUAUUUAUGUUGCCUUUAUUUUUGGCCUGCAAAAAAUAGUUUAGAAAACUGUAUUCUCAAAUGUCUUAAAACUUUUUACACACAGAGACGUUUUAUGUUUACAAAAUUCUAAUAUUUUUGUACAUCUACUUUUAAUACUGUUUUUCUAUAUAUUUUUAUUUUUUCUAUGGAAGUUGAUAGUGUUUAAGGACGUGACACUACAGGAGACAAUUUUUUUUAUCAUUUGUGAAUGCAUUAAUUAUCACUGUAUUUGGAAAAUAGGAAUAAAGAGUAUAAUUUGUUUUUAAAAAGCA